AUGAUUGAUUUGUUUUCCAAAUUUGGACAUUUCAUACCCACCUCAAAGAAGGUCACGGCAAAGGGGUUGGCGGACUUAUUUGUAACGCACGUCUGGAAACUUCAUGGACUCCCAAUCAAGACCAUCUCAGACUGCGGAACCACCUUCACAGGGAAGUUCCUUAGGGCCCUCUACCAAAGACUGGGAAUUAAGCCAUUGUUCUCCUCAGCCUACCACCCAGAGUCAGAUGGACAGACGGAACAGGUAAAUCAGUUCAUUGAAUUCUACCUCUGCUCCUAUGUAGCCGCAGACCAUUCAGACUGGGCCACAUGGUUACCCUUGGCAGAAUAUGCUUACAACAAUGCCAGGCACGCGUCUACAGGGAGGACACCCUUUGAACUAAUCUAUGGAAAAAACCCGGUGAUGAACCCCUCCAACGUGCCAACCAACGUCCCUGAGGUGGAUCAAUUGGCGGAUACCCUGACCAACAAAUGGAAGGAAGCCAAAGCCGCACUCAGAAUGAGCAAGGAAAGGAUGAUCAGGAAUAAAGGAACCAUACCAAUAUGGCUGGAUGGCAAAAACAUGGAGCUCAGAACCAACUCCAACAAACUGGACCCUAAGAGAUUAGGCCCCUUUGAGAUCUUAGAAAAAAUAUCCAGCCACACUUACUGCCUGAAAUUACCAGAAACCCUGAAAAUCCACAACAUCUUCUAUGUGGGGCUGUUAUCCAAAGUCCAUGAAUCUCCAAAUCAGCCGUUCCCCAAGAGACCUCCCCCUGAAACAAUAGAGGGAGAAGAGGAGUACAAGGUGGAACAAAUUAUAGAUUCAAAAAGGCAACAAGGGAAAUGGUUCUACUUAAUUAAAUGGAAAGGUUAUGGACCCAAAGUGUUACACUCUCAAGAAUUAUACCAUUGGAUUCGUCUAUUUUUUCUAUUAUUUUGA